CGCAGGGGUGGUGGCCCGGGAGCAGCGGGAGCGAGAGGGGCCGGGAUCCCGGCGCCCGCCGGGGUGCGGCGCGGCAUGCAGCUGUGGGCUCCAGUACCGGAGUGAGGGUUGUCGACGCGGGGCCCCGCCAUGGCUGGCAAGGACAGUGGCAACCUGAAGACGGUGAGGUUGUGGCGGGACGCCGCCCUGCGCACCAGGAAGCUGCGGAGCAACCUGCGCCAGCUCACGCUCAGCUGCCCGAGGGCCGGGGGCGACUCACUCGAGUCCCCCGACGCCCCCCAGCUGGUGCUGCCGGCCAACAUCGGGGACAUUGAGGUGCUGAACCUGGGGAACAACGGCCUGGAGGAUGUGCCUGAAGGUCUGGGGUCAGCUCUGGGCAGCCUUCGCGUCUUGGUCUUGCGCAGGAACCGCUUUGCCCGACUGCCCCCUGCGGUGGCGGAGCUAGGCCACCACCUUACCGAGCUGGACGUCAGCCACAACCGGCUGACCAUCCUGGGUGCAGAAGUGGUGAGCGCCCUAAGGGAGCUGCGCAAGCUCAACCUGAGCCACAACCAGCUGCCAGCUCUGCCUGCCCAGCUGGGUGCCCUCGGCCACCUGGAGGAGCUGGAUGUCAGCUUCAACCGGCUAGCGCAUCUGCCAGAUUCCUUCUCCUGCCUCAACCACCUGCGCACCCUCGACGUGGACCACAACCAACUCACCGCCUUUCCCCGGCAGCUGCUGCAACUGGCUGCCCUGGAGGAGCUGGACGUAUCCAGCAACCGGCUUCGAGGCCUACCUGAGGAUAUUAAUGCCCUGCGCGCCCUCAAGAUUCUCUGGCUUAGCGGGGCCGAGCUUGGCACCCUGCCCAGUGGCUUCUGUGAGCUGGCCAGUUUGGAGAGCCUCAUGUUAGACAACAACGGGCUGCAGGCUCUGCCCCCUGAGUUCAGCCGCCUGCAAAGGCUCAAAAUGCUCAACCUCUCUUCCAACCUCUUCGAGGAGUUCCCUGCUGCGCUGCUGCCGCUGGCUGGUCUGGAGGAGCUCUACCUUAGUCGCAACCAGCUCACCUCAGUGCCAUCUCUUAUCGCCGGGCUGGGGCGGCUUCUCACCCUGUGGCUGGAUAACAAUCGCAUCCGAUACCUGCCGGACUCCAUUGUGGAGCUGACUGGACUGGAGGAGCUGGUGCUUCAAGGCAACCAGAUCGCUGUUCUGCCUGACAACUUUGGCCAGCUCUCCCGGGUAGGACUGUGGAAAAUCAAGGACAACCCACUGAUUCAGCCCCCUUACGAAGUCUGCAUGAAGGGAAUCCCCUACAUUGCAGCUUACCAAAAAGAACUGGCUCAUUCCCAGCCAGCAGUGCAGCCCCGCCUCAAGCUGCUCCUGAUGGGCCAUAAGGCGGCAGGAAAGACCCUGCUUCGACAUUGCCUCACUGAGGACAAAGUGGAGGGAGGACAAGGAGGAGGGGACAAAGAGAAGAGUUACCUACCUUUUCCUCCCCUUGGGAGCAAGGGCAUCGAGGUGACCAGCUGGACUGCGGAUGCUUCCCGGGGCCUGCGGUUUAUUGUGUAUGACUUAGCUGGAGAUGAAAGCUAUGAGGUGAUACAGCCCUUCUUCCUUUCCCCAGGAGCCCUGUAUGUGCUCGUGGUCAACUUGGCCACCUAUGAACCCCGCCGCUUUCCUACUACGGUGGGCUCCUUCUUGCAUCGAGUCGGGGCCCGUGUGCCUCACGCUGUGGUGUGCAUUGUGGGCACACAUGCAGACCUGUGUCGGGAGAGGGAGCUUGAGGAGAAGUGUCUGGACAUUCACCGACAGAUUGCCCUGCAGGAGAAGCACGAUGCCGAGGGCCUAAGCCAGCUAGCCAAGGUGGUGGACGAGGCCCUGGCUCGGGACUUCGAGCUGCGGUCCGCCAGCCCCCACGCAGCCUACUACGGUGUCUCAGACAAGAACCUUCGGAGGCGCAAGGCCCAUUUUCAGUACCUGCUAAACCACCGGCUGCAGAUCCUUUCCCCCGUGUUGCCCGUUAGCUGCAGGGACCCGCACCAGUUGCAACGCCUCCGUGACAAGCUGCUCUCUGUAGCAGAGCACCGAGAAAUCUUCCCCAACUUACACAGAGUCCUGCCACGUUCCUGGCAAGUGCUAGAGGAGCUACACUUCCAGCCACCUCAGGCACAACGACUGUGGCUAAGCUGGUGGGACUCUGCCCGCCUGGGCCUGCAGGCAGGUCUGACUGAGGACCGGCUGCAGAGCGCCCUUUCCUACCUGCACGAGAGCGGCAAGUUGCUGUAUUUUGAGGAUAGCCCGGCCCUCAAGGAACAUGUCUUCCACAACCUCACCCGCCUCAUUGACAUCCUCAAUGUCUUUUUCCAGAGAGAUGCUUCUUUGCUGCUGCAUAAACUGCUCCUAGGGACCAGUGGAGAGGGCGAGGGGGAAGGAGAAAGCUUCCUCACUAGAGCAGUGCCCACCCCAGGUCAGGACCCACUCCGGGCUACCCAGCUUCAUCAUUAUGUAGAAGGCUUUCUGCUGCAUGGGCUCCUGCCAGCCCACGUUAUUCGGUUGCUACUCAAACCUCACGUCCAGGCCCAGCAGGACUUGCAGCUCUUACUGGAGCUCUUGGAGAAGAUGGGACUCUGUUACUGUCUCAACAAACCCAAAGGCAAGCCUUUGAAUGGCUCCACAGCUUGGUACAAGUUCCCAUGCUACGUGCAGAAUGAGGUGCCCCACGCAGAGGCCUGGAUUAACGGGACCAACCUCGCCGGGCAGUCUUUCGUGGCCGAGCAGUUGCAGAUCGAAUACAGCUUUCCCUUUACCUUUCCACCUGGAUUGUUUGCACGCUACAGCGUCCAGAUCAACAGCCACGUGGUGCACAGGUCGGACGGGAAGUUUCAGAUCUUUGCGUAUAGAGGGAAAGUGCCUGUGGUAGUGAGUUACAGGCCUGCCAAGGGGGUCCUGCAGCCAGACACCCUGUCCAUUGCCAGCCAUGCGUCGUUACCAAACAUAUGGACCGCAUGGCAAGCCAUCACCCCUUUGGUAGAGGAACUGAAUGUUCUACUUCAGGAAUGGCCUGGACUGCACUACACCGUGCACAUCCUCUGUUCUAAGUGCCUUAAGAGAGGGUCGCCCAAUCCACACGCUUUCCCAGGGGAGUUGCUGAGCCAGCCUAGGCCAGAAGGGGUGGCAGAGAUCAUCUGCCCCAAGAAUGGCAGUGAGCGAGUGAACGUGGCCUUGGUUUACCCACCUACACCGACUGUGAUCAGCCCUUGUUCCAAGAAGAACGUUGGUGAAAAGCACAGAAACCAGUGACAUUUGUGGCUGUGGGAUUUCCAUGGAGUAAGCAGAACAUGGGGACCAACUGGGACAUCUUCUGCACCCAGUGAGCUUGCCGUGCUCCCAAGCACCUUCCGGGGCCCAGAGUGGAAACAGUGCACCGGGUGCUUGUAGAGGACGCUUGGAGGGGUUACAAGGGGCUGUGAAGAUGGCAACAAAUAUGGAGCAAAUGUUUCACAACCUGAACCUCAGAACUGUGAUCCUCCAAGAAGAGAGCUACUUGAAGAAAAAGAAACAAACAAACAAAACAAACGUUAACCGGCUUCUCAGGGAUUGUGUUUUCUGUGUACACAUGAGCCAUAGCUCGGGUCCAGGUGGCAGUAUUUAGAGCACUCAGAUUUCAGUUCUGUCCAAUGUGAAGGAGGGAUCAACUGACGUUCAUUGCUGUUCCGUAACUAGUGUAAAAUAUGUAUAUGUUAAUCUUUAUUUUUAUAAUAUGCAAAUACAUUUAAAUUUAUACAGUCUUGACACUUCUAGCAUUAGUUAACACUGGGUGCAAUAUUCUGCAUGAGAACUGUGCCAAGAUGGGGCUGGUGUCUUCUUUUAGGGUUAGACUUUUUGUCCUUUUCAUUGUCCUUUAGCCCACCU